AUGGAGCGCGCAGAGGUCACUGAAGCUCGGAAGCGUAUACACGUGUUGAUCGUGGGCGCUGGAUGCUUUGGGCUGUCGACUGCCUACCAUUUGCUCGUGGAUAACGAGAGCUCGACGGACCUUGGCGCACAAGGCACGGCCCCGUGGUACAAGGUCACCAUUAUCGAUGCUUCAGAUGUUCUCCCAGCUCCUGACGCUGCAAGCACGGAUCUGAAUAAGAUUGUCCGUACGAGCUAUAGCGACGGUUGGUACACGCGCUUUGCCAAAGAGGCUAUAGCCAAGUGGAAAGAGGGUACAAUUUGUGGAAAAGAUACAUAUCAUGAAUCCGGUGUGUUAGUGCUAGGCCUGCGCUAUCAAUCGACGGAAGGUCCCGACCAGGGAUUAACAACGCCGUACGCUGACGCUGCAUUACGUAAUGAUCGUGAAAUCAACGCAAGGAUCGAAGAGUUUCCGAUGCCUGGCAUGGCUCGUCGUGCACUCCCACAGGGUGUCAUCGGUGGCCACCUCUUCGAUGAAGGGGCCGCGUAUCUCAAUCGAGAUGGUGGCUGGGCGAGUGCAUCAAAGGCUAUGGAGGCUAUGCUUGGAAAUGUGAAGCGACUUGGAGGUGAGAUACUCACUGGCUGCAAGUUGUCUGGGAUUUCGCCCCAAGCCGAUGGGACGUCCACGGUCAAUCUCGAGAAUGGGGAAGUCAUUCACGCCGAUAUGGUAGUAUUGACCACAGGUGCAUGGACGCCCCUGGUUGUCGGAGGGAUACCACACCUGGAGAAUGUUCUCAAGGACCGCCUAGUAGCGACUGGGCAAGUGGUGGCAACUCUCCGACCUUCUCCAUUCUACCAACAGCAGCUCCGGGAAGCACCAGUUUUGCUGGAUUGGCAAUCUGGAUUUUACAUGUUUCCACCGAAUGAAGAAGGCGUCAUCAAGAUUGCAAUUCACGCAGAAGGCCACACUUUUGCACCUGGCUCGUCGCAAGAUGAUUCCUCGGGAUCGAAUCCAUCAAACCUUGUUGACAGGAUAUCACGACCACGGACAGUGCGAACGCACGGAGAGGACGACGGGACGCGGGUCCCUCGUCAUAUUCUCCAACGUAUCCACGCCAAACUCGAGGGAGCGUACCCAGAACUGGGCAAAGUUGCCCUAGAGACGACACGACUUUGUUGGUAUACGGAGAGCCCGGACGAGAACUGGUUCAUCGACCAGGUUCCGGGGCAUCCAACCCUGUUUAUUGCGACUGGCGGUUCGGGCCAUGCCUUUAAAUUUCUGCCAGUCAUUGGAAGACUGGUCAAGGAGCGAAUCGAAGGACGCCUUCGACCCGAGGACGCUGUGAAAUUUUCUCUGGGCAGGGAGUUUGGGGCUCGCUUCCGCUCUCGAUUGGGAGAGCCUGUGGCGUUGGAUGAGGGAACGUUGUGGGGACCGAAGGAGUUUAACAUUGCAAGGGUUACGGAACAAAAGCUCACGGAUGCUCCUGUCGUCGCUGGUGGCAAAGGAAUGUACAUGAGCCAGUACCACGACUUGCCCCCCAACGCGUCUGCUCCUCUGUCGCAACAAAUCAUCCAAAAUCAUCCAAAUAUUCGCCACGGGCUCAAUGGCCCUGCCCUCAUCGUCCCAAACGACGUGCACAUGGCCCAGGCGACUCAGCACGUUCAACAGCAGCCGCGGCCGUCCAAGCAGGACAAGGGAAGGACCACCGUGCUCGCAAUUCCCUCUGUUACCAUUGUCGGCUCUCAGACGUUCAUCGGCGAUGCCAAUUCCAUGUCAGAGAGAUCGUAUACACCCGUCAAGGGCGUCGGAGAUGGUUCUUUUGGCACAGUCUUCCUCUGCGACUGGCACACCCCGCUCGCCCCGUCCAUCGCGCUCGCUCCGAUGCAACAAGGCGCCGGUGCAAGGCCAGAAUGGCAAGGCAAGCGUCUUGUCGCUAUAAAACAGAUGAAGAAGCGCUGGGAAGGCGGUUGGGACGAGUGUAGACGCCAUCCGGAGCUCGAGUCAUUACGAUCGAUUCCACCACACGAAAAUGUCAUCCCCUUGUAUGACUGUUUCCUUCUCCCGAGCUCAAAGGAGCUCUAUUUCGUCUUUGAAUGCAUGGAGGGCAACCUGUAUCAACUCAUCAAGUCGAGAAAGGGGCGUCCUCUGGCAGGCGGUCUCGUUUCCUCCAUUUUCGCUCAAACGUGCAAGGGUCUCGCCCAUAUUCACGACUCGGGCUACUUUCAUCGCGACAUGAAGCCGGAAAACUUGCUCGUCACCACCACUGGUAUCGCAGAAUACACAAACUUUUCCCCUCUAGUUCCUCCGGGCUCUCCACCAGAACGGGAUGUCAUCGUCAUCAUCAAACUCGCCGAUUUUGGGCUCGCAAGGCAGAUCAAGUCAAAACCGCCCUACACAGAGUAUGUUGCGACACGCUGGUAUCGAGCACCCGAGAUUUUGCUCCAGUCAACUGAUUACAACGCACCCGUCGACCUAUGGGCAGUGGGCACCAUCAUGGCCGAAGUUGUCAAUCUGAAACCACUGUUUCCUGGAACGAAUGGUCCUGACCAAUUACUACGCAUCUGUCAGAUAUUGGGUGACCCUUCAGAUGCCUAUGGCUUCGAUUCACACGGCCGGCCAGUCGGAGGAGGUAAAUGGUCCAGGGGCCUCAAAAUGGCGAAACAGAACGGAAUCUCGUUUCCAAAGAUUCAGCCACAAGACUUUUUCAGUUUGUUUGAUCAAUCCGUGCCGCAGUCCCUUGUCGAGUGCAUCUAUGCGCUUCUGAGAUAUGACCCAGAAGCACGACUUACAGCACAUGGUUGCUUGAAUCACGCAUACUUUGUAGAGACGGCGCAGCCGUUUGCGCAUCCGACUUUCAAUGCCCCACGCCGACAUACGAGCUCUGCUGGAUCUGGAAACUCGACCUCUUCCCGGCAUGGUCCGCUUGCAACCGUUUCACCCCGCUCGAUACCGCCAUCGCAUUCACACUCUGCGGCCGCCCGACACUCCACCCACCAUCAUACUCAUCACCAUCACCCAUAUUCGAAUGGACCCGUCAAUAGAGCUCCACCACUGCCACACCACGGCUAUGCGACAAAUGGCGAUCUCGACAUGACGCCCGCAGAUGGUAUCGUAGAGGUCGAUCGGAACAAUCAGCCCGUCAGGCGGCAAUACGGUCAUCAUCGCCUACCGCCGCAGCCAGAGCGAGAGCGAGAACGCAGUUCAAUGGACCUCAGUGCGGAUAAUACCAGCAACCCAACCGGAAAGUCUGGCAUGUUUGGGUUGAAGAAGCUGUUCGGUCAUCAAGAGAAACAGGUGUCGCUCCCCCCUGUGGAGGAGAUUACAUUUGCGUCCAAUUCUACCCCUUCAUUAAAGGACACGCCCUCGACGAGUUCAGAAAGCCGAUCAUUGCCCGAAGUACACGGAAUCGCCUAUGCCAAUCAUCCAAUCCCGCCGCCAGUUCCUCUACCGGCUCCAAUUCCUCCUCCCAUGGACCCAAAGAAGCGGAAAAAGGAGCAGGAGAGGCAGGAGCGCGAUCUCGAAAUGCAACGACGUGCAAAUUUGCAAAAGAUGCAACAAGAGCGCGCUCGUGCGGUCGUGGCAAAACGAAAUCGACUGGAAAACUCGCGCGACACCGAUUUCGAGUUUCAGAGCGUCAAUACUGCUCGAUUGGCUCAGGGUAACGGACGACCCAAGACGCGGAAGAAGCAGGACAACCCACCGAAUGCGUUUAGCAACGAGGUUGUGCCUCUGAGCGUGAGAGCGGCGAACAGCUAUGGAACAGAGUCGGUAAAGGGUGGCAUAAACGGAUCGCGGCAGCAGCAACGGGGUGUACAGGUGCAGAACAGCAUUACACCACUGCUUGGUGCACACGACUAUCGGAAACGGCGAAAAGAUGACGAUGAAUUGUCCAUGUCAAGCUCGGACGUACAGUCGGUCGGCCGCAUGUCCGUUAUUUCAUUUGCCACGGUCGAGUCUGAUCCUGGGUCGACGCGGGUACGGCGACGACCGAGUGCGUACAACUAUGCGCUCAGCCCGCGUCCGUUGGGGACAGCAACGUCCAUUUCGUCCAUCCAGAGUUACAGCAAUUCGCCCCGCUCGUCGCAUUCAGUGGAACCGGGCAUGCGGCCCAACGGCGGGUCCCUGGACGCUCAAUUUACAAGUGACUUUGAGACACGGGCGACGCUCGCGGCGGCAAGUGGAAAUCCCCUGUAUUCUCCGGCGCUGCAACCUCCACAUUCCCAUCGACAGUCGGCGUCUCCCACCGGUCAUCCGGAUGUUGUCGACUCGAUGAGUCCUCCGAACAUGCAGUUCCUCACCCUCGCGGGCUCGCCCAGUCAUCCGCCAUGGACGCUUGAAUCGGGCGGGAAUAGUCCUGUCGCAGAAGUUGGGAGCGUAGAUGGGAAUAGUGUGAGUACGCUGGGUAGUCGGAGAUUACCGUCGUCGAUGCAUGGAGCCAAUCCUGGUCAUCACUCUACCCCGUCCUACGAGUAUUUUACCUAUACCCGAAGCCAUCCGCCAACGCCGCAUUCAGGGAUUAAUCCCAUGUUCCAAGUGGCUCCUCCGGUCCCGCCUCUUCCUGCAACCUCUCACAUUGCGUCUGGACAGUCGCUACCCCCCCUUUCCAGUCUCCUUUCCGUGAUCGACAUGCAAACGCACCCGACAGACUCAAUUCAUCAGCAGCAACCGCUUGGUCAACCGCCAUGA